AGUCUGAGCGGCGAUGGCGGCGGCGGCGGCGGCGGCAGCAGCAGCGGGGGCUGCGGGCGGUCGGGGCUCCGGGCCGGGGCGGCGGCGCCAUCUUGUGCCCGGGGCCGGUGGGGAGGCCGGGGAGGGGGCCCCGGGGGGCGCAGGGGACUACGGGAACGGCCUGGAGUCUGAGGAACUGGAGCCUGGGGAGCUGCUGCCAGAACCCGAGCCUGAAGAGGAGCCACCCCGGCCCCGCGCACCCCCGGGAACUCCGGGCCCUGGACCUGGCUCGGGAGCCCCCGGCAGCCAGGAGGAGGAGGAGGAGCCGGGACUGGUCGAGGGUGACCCGGGGGACAGCGCCAUUGAGGACCCGGAGCUGGAAGCGAUCAAGGCCCGAGUCAGGGAGAUGGAGGAGGAAGCCGAGAAGCUGAAGGAGCUGCAGAACGAAGUCGAGAAGCAGAUGAAUAUGAGUCCGCCUCCAGGCAAUGCUGGCCCGGUGAUCAUGUCUAUUGAGGAGAGGAUGGAAGCUGACGCCAGAUCCAUCUAUGUUGGCAAUGUGGACUAUGGUGCAACAGCAGAAGAGCUGGAAGCUCACUUUCAUGGCUGCGGUUCAGUCAACCGCGUGACCAUACUCUGUGACAAGUUCAGUGGCCAUCCUAAAGGGUUUGCGUAUAUAGAGUUCUCAGACAAAGAGUCUGUGAGGACUUCUCUGGCCUUAGACGAGUCCUUGUUUAGAGGAAGACAAAUCAAGGUGAUCCCCAAACGAACCAACAGACCAGGCAUCAGCACCACAGACCGGGGCUUCCCGCGGGCCCGCUACCGUGCCAGGACCACCAACUACAACAGCUCCCGCUCUAGAUUCUACAGUGGUUUUAACAGCAGGCCCCGGGGUCGCAUCUACAGGGGCCGGGCUAGAGCGACAUCAUGGUAUUCCCCUUACUAAAAAAAAAGUGUGUAUUAGGAGGAGAGAGAGGAAAAAAAGAGGAAAGAAGGAAAAAAAAAGAA